UAAGUUCAGUUCAGCUCAGUUUAAUCAAUAAGAACAGAGCCAAAAUUGCAGAUAACUAUUAACGGAGUUAAUACUUAAAAAAAAAAAAAAAAAAACUUGAAGUGUAUAUAUCUCGAAACUGUUACAUUAAAAUCAGUCAUUAUUAAAAAAGAGAAAAAAAAAAAAAAGAAAAAAGAAAAAGUCAUAACAAGUACCAACGCGCCUAUUAAAUAUCCAUCUGUAAACACGUGGCAUGAAGCUAGUUUGAAUGGUCGGCACCCACCCAACUAUUUACAACUAGCUCUGCGCUUCAUUUCUCACUCACUCCUUCUCUUCUUCUAUAAAUAUCUCUUUUCUCGUUCCUUCUUCCCAUUUCAAACUUCACCAAUAAUCCAACUACAUACAAUUUAAUCAUUUUCAAAACCCCAAAAAAAAGAAAAAAACAAUUAAAAACUAAAUAUCAUGGUUCUAUUUCUCAAGGCUAAAUCUUGUACCAGAGUUACCGAUGAAAAACGGUGUUUAGAAGAUUGCAAGGAAUACAUUUACAAGGCCGAUAACGGUAACGAUAAGGAUAAGGAUGGUGGAGCAUCAUCAACUACAUGUACGUUUUUAACUGUUUGGAGGAAGUCACUUUUGAUGAGUUGUAGUGGUUUUACUGUGAUUGAUUCUACUGGUAAUUUAAUUUACCGUGUUGAUAAUUACCGUGGGAGACCUGGUGAAAUUGUUCUUAUGGAUGCUUCUGGAACAUCUAUUUUCACUACGCGUCGUCAUAAGACGAUACGACUAGUGGACGAUUGGCUAGUAUACAAGGGUGAUGCUAGUGAUCAUCACAAUUCCAAAACAUUCCAAAAAAAGCAGCCUAUUUGUUACGUGAGGAAGAAUGUUAGCUUACUACUUGCAAAUUCCAAUGUACUUGCACAUGUUUUCCUAGGGGCAACAACUAAAAAUCCUAUAUAUGUCAUUGAAGGCUCUUACGCGCAAAGGUCGUGUAAGAUCAUCGACAAAUCCUCGAAAAAAGUUGUGGCGGAGAUCAAGAGGAAGGAGGCCGCUAAUGGGCGUGCUUCCUUUGGUCUCGAGGUUUUUCACUUGGUUGUAUAUCCAGGAUUCAAUUCUGGGUUUGCGAUGACCUUGGUGUUGUUGCUGGAUCAGAUGUUUAGUUAAGAAAAACACCAAAUGUCUCUCUUUUAAUUGUUGUUCUUGAAUGCCCCUCUGGUUUUUCCUGCCAAGACGAGGGCUGAUUCCCCUGUUGUCUUAACAAAGUGGGAUUGUAAAACUAAUCGAUGUAAUCAGUCGCUAACCUGUUAACUGACCGCGAUAGCUGAAGCUUCUUCAGCUAAGUAUAAAUAUAUGGAAAAUGCUUUUUACUUGCA